AUGUCGCGAUUGACCCAGCCAGCUGUUGCAGUGGCAGUCGCAUCGUGCCCUCGCGUGCCUCGAGCACAAAUCCCAGCGGACCAGCAGGUGAAAACGCCCGAAGCUGUCACAUCCAUCAACGACGCGCGGCCCAAAGUCGCCCCAUUUCGCAAGCUGGGGCUUCUCGGGAAGGGCAGCUUUGGCACCGUCUACCUCGUUGAGACAAUCUCCGACGGCGAGCGACUUGCCGUGAAGGAAAUUCCCUGUGCUCGCAUGGAGCGGGACGAGAAAUCCAAGGCGCUACGGGAAUUGCAGAUUUUGCGCAAGCUGGUGCACCCGCACAUUGUCAAGUACAAGGGAGCCUUCACGAAUGCAGGGUCUUUGAUUAUUUGUAUGGAGUACGCAGAUGGCGGCGACAUGCAUCAGCGCAUCAAAGAGCGUCGCGGAAUUCACUUUGGAGAGCAGCAAAUUGUUAGCUGGUUGUUCCAACUCGGAGAAGCACUGUCGUAUCUCCACGGAAGGCGAAUUCUCCAUCGAGACUUGAAAACACAGAACAUUUUCUUGACCAAAUCCGACGUGGUCAAGCUGGGCGAUUUCGGCAUCUCUCGUGUUCUCAGCAACACGCACGAUCACGCGCGAACGCUUGUGGGAACCCCAUAUUACCUGUCGCCGGAAAUCUGCGAGUCAAAGCCGUACGAUUUCAAGUCCGACAUGUGGGCCCUGGGUUGCGUCCUAUACGAGAUGGUGACGCUCAAACACGCAUUUGACGCGCAAUCCAUCCGCGCCUUGGUCCUCAAAAUCCUGACAGGUCGAUAUCCGCCCAUACCAAGCUUUUACACACCCCAACUGGCUCUCGUCGUGGACAAGUUGUUGCAUCUUCAUCCCGAGUACCGGCCAACAGCCCAAGCGCUCCUGACAGAGACUCUCUUUGAACACGAAGUCUACGUGGCAGCACGGCCGCUUGAAAACGUCUCACGAUCCGAGACUGCUGCCUGCUCGAGUUUAGGGGCGGCUUCGGGCCAUGGGGAAGAACGCCAGCCUCCACGCACAACUCUCGCAACCGACCACCCGCAACCAGAACCUUUCGUUCCCAUCGGCCACGAGUCCAAGAAGACUCGAUGCGCACCUGAUACGCUGCAUACCCACGCACACCAACCCCAACCCCAGCACGAGGUGAAUCACCCUGCCAGAAUGGCGGAAAGCAACAGCGCGAAAUGCCCCUCAUCUCAUCCGCAGGUGCAAAAUUGGGCAGAUGAAGAUUCCGGAUGGUCUUCACCCAACAGUAGCGGCCAAGCCAGCAGCAGUAGUAGUUGCAGCAGCACUGGUGGCGCGAGCAGCAGCAGCUACAGCAGUAGCAGCACUUCGCUGUCCGCAGAAACAGUGAGAAAGCUGCCUGUCGUCCCUGCUGUCGAGGCUCUCGACCUUGAGGUGGCGGAAAUGAUGGCCGGUAUUUGGUCUGAGGCGGAUCAACCAGAUGGUCAACACGGAAGCUCUCGAUUUCUACGAAUCGAAGCGCUGCGAGCGUUUGUCGAAAACAAACUCGGCCUCGCCUUGUUCCGCCAGAUCUACGGAUUCAUGUCCGAUGUGACAAAGGAUAUUAGCGAGCAACACAUUGCUGCCACGAUCAUGACGUUGCUUGGGCAACAGUCAAGCCUGUACAAUGUGAUUUUGCAGUUGGUCGCGUGCGAGCAGCGCAUGUACAGCGCAAAUGUUUGGCGAAAGUAG